AUGGUUGUUGAAGUUCCACAUGAAGAAGAGGAGGUAUACACAAGGCAAGAAGAACGAGAAGUGAGCCCUAAAGAGCCCAGGAGGAAGGCCAUAAUGGAUGAAUCUAUUCUCAUCCCAUUCUCUUCCAUGGUAAAGAAGGCCAAGAAAACUCCAGAGUUUAAUCCCAACAUACUUCAAGUAUUCAAGAAGGUUGAGGUAACCAUUCCACUUCUUGAUACCAUUCAACAAAUUCUGAAGUAUGCUAAGUUUUUAAAGGACUUGUGCACACAAAAAGAUAGGAUUGGUGAGUUGGAAACAUUGUCAUUGGGUAGUUCUAUUUCUUCAUUGAUGAAGUCUAUUCUGAAAAAGUAUAGUGACCCUAGACUUUGUUUAGUAUCUUGUUGGAUUGGUGGAGUUGCAUUUUAUGAUUGCAUGAGCGAUUUAGGGGCUUGUGUAAGCAUCAUGCCAUUUUCUAUAUUUGCAAGGUUGAAUUUAGCUCCAUCGAAGAGGUCGACAGCCAAAUUUGUUUUAGUCGAUAAGAGUGUGAUCAUUGUAGUAAGGAUAGCGGAAGAUGUUCUUGUGACAAUCAAGGAUUUAGUGUUUCUGGUUGAUUUCUAUAUCCUUAAAAUGCCUCCAACAGAUAAUGGAAGUUCUUCCUCUCUUUUGCUUGGUAGACCUUUCUUGAAGACCUCUAAAUUUAAAUUGGAUGCCUUUACCGGCACAUACUCUUUUGAGGUAGAUGACAAGACCAUCAAGUUUAACUUGGAAGAGGCCAUGAGCCACCCACCUGAAGAGCAUUCCGUUCUCCGAUGUGAUGUGAUUGAUGAGAAGUAG